CCACUAGGGCGCUUAUAAGAGUGCGUUGCCUGUACAGGUUGGUAGACACAAGAACAGAAAGCUACAGAAGACAUCUGGAGCAUCAGAGAGCCGCCACCAGAAACUUCGCCAUGCAGUUCAGCACGCUCUUCUUCUGUCUGCUCCUGUCGUGUCUGUGUCUUUCACUGGCACAAGGGACCUCCGAAGACUGCUGCCUGAAAUACGUGUCACAUUUGGGCCGCAGCAUAAGAAAACAUGCAGUGAAGUACAGGAAUCAGUACGCAGAUGGAGGCUGCAACAUCAAUGCUGUAAUCUUCACCAUGAGGAAGGGACGUCGGUUUUGUGCAGACCCCAAGGCAGACUGGGUCAAACAACUUCAGGAAAUACUUGACAGAAGACACCAGAAGACCGAGAAGAUGGGCUGAGGUUUGGUGCAUCCGCCAAUUUUCAUUUUGCGCCAUGUGCCAUCUUUUGUUAAGAGUCUUGUUGAGCAACAAGUGGUUUUGCUGUGAUUUUGUGGCAUCUAAACUGCAAGACAAGCGUGGAAGCUGUCCAAGGAAAUCGUGUGGCUUUACUUUUGCUUUCGCUCUGCACCAAGUCAAAGGUCAAAAGCUCAGAGUCGCAGUCAUUCUCAAGACACACAAAGCACAUAAACGUCAUUAAAUGCAUGGCUGCUUCCCGAAAAUAAAAUAAAAAUGUUUUCUUUCCCAUGUGCUAUUAAAUAAGCUAUUUAAUUAUCUAAAUGGUGAUGGAGUGUAAAUGUAAUAUUAAGUGAUCCCUUCUGUGAUGUGUCCUAUGAAAUACACAGUUGUAUGAGAACACGCCUUGUUAUAAGUAAAUGAUUAUUUUUUUUCCUGUAAUGAGAGUCAUAUGAAAAGCUGUUCUGUCUUAAUUUCUUUGAAACUUUUUUUAUACAUGCUUUGUCUUUUCCCACAUUUUGUGUUUUAUUGCCAUAUAUAUGUUCCAAUAAAAGCAUUACUGCAGUAAA